AUGGAGCCGAACCCCUGGUGCGUGGGGCUGGGCGUGUGCCUGCUCUUCUCGGCGCUGGGCGUGGGGCUGGGCGUGCCCCUCGCCCUCAGCGCUUCGGGCCCCAAGACGCACCAGGAGCGCCUGGAGGCCGUGCGCCGCAUCCUCAAGGAAGUGCCGCUCAUCGACGGUUUAGAGUGGACCCCCGCAUAG